AUGGACCCGCUCUCGGCCGGUCCCGGCUACCAGGCCGCGGACCUCUGCGCUGCGGGGUUGCUGGAGAGGGACAUCCCAAUAGCGACGCACACACCCGCCUCCGUCACCGUACGUCCUCGUCCUUUCCAGCCCCCUCAGCCUGCCAGAGGCUCCAUCCCCGACUCUCUCAUUCCAGGUGCACUUCAGCCACCCCGGACGCUUCAGGAGCUGCAGGUUCCUCUCGUCUCUGUGUCGACCUGCAGAGAACACUUUGGGGAACGGAGCCACUGGAUCAAAGAUGACAUGCUGUGCGCUGGGUCCAGGGGUGACCCUAAUGGCCCCUGCAAGUGUGACUCCGGGGGGCCUCUGGUCUGUCCAGGGAAUGGCAGCUUUGUCCUGAAUGGGCUCAUCAGCUGGGGCAGAGGCUCCUCACUCCUACUCCCCAAGGUGUACGUCCGGGUCCCAGUCUAGGCAACGGGUGGCGCUGGCCUCUCGAUCGUCUCUCCUGCCCUACUCAGUGCCGGUACCACCCCAUUGGGGUCCCUAAGCAAUGGCUUAGUCUGCUCGUGCCUAGCGCUGGCUCUGGUUGCACCGCUCCUUGCUGGGCUCGUGCUGACGGCCCUGUGACCUGCCCCCUGGGGCUCCCACCUGUGUCAACCCCCAGGUAACAUAGCAGCCCCCCGCCAGCACGGGUGUGUAUAGACCACUAUUGACACAAGGUGUGGGUCCUGCAUUGUUGGACCCAUGAGACACAGCUGGGAGAGGGUGGUGGAUGGAAGCUCAGGGAGUCACUAUGGGGAGUGGGCACAGGGGGUCAUAUCCAGCCCUUCCUGCAACUCUGCAGCCCCCCCCCCCCCGGGGGGUGACUGGGAGGCCGGUGGGGAAGGGCCCUGCAGCCGCUUUGAUCCCACCACUUGUGCUCCAAAAAUCAUCAAUAAAUCAGCUUUGCAAA